AACAAUGAUAUGAAAUAGGAGAUAUGAACUUUUUUUAUUAUUGAGAAACGGGUAUAAAAUACAUGUAGGAAGACAGACAGGUGGGUGACCUUGCCUCGACGAGAGAUAAAGUGUCGAUAUUGCGACAUUGGUCACUUCACUUGCUGGCUACAUGAACAAGAAUUAGACAGGACGCUUUACAGAGUAUAGGACAAGAGUAGAGGACCAGAGUGGAGGACCAGAGUAUAGGACCACAGUUCAGCGGCACAAGACAGUCGAGCCAGGUGUGUGGUUGACCGAGUGUGAUUUCUUCAUGCUGUGGUGUGGACUGUCAUCUGGAAUAGAUCCUCCAUCCCCUCCUCUUCCCGAAGCAGAAACAUUGUUCAAAUAAGUCCAACAGACCUCGCUUUGGAAGACCGGACCCUCGGUGAUUAGGUAAACAGGUCACGUAGUGUGACGUCACGCUUGACUGAUUUACGUGACGGUUAAAACUCAACACGUGUAGCGGAUACUCCCCCUCGAGCAGCUGCAGUGAACAUGGCCAACGUCACGGCUUUCCCCGGCAACUGGACGUGGUCCAGCCUCAUGACGACGUCCGACGUGGCCACGUACCCCGAGGUGAUGACCAACGUGACCAACGCGACCGGAUGGACGGGGUGGGGUCGCGAGGUGGGUCACAGUGGCGUGUCCCCCUUCCUCGUGCCUGCUGGCUUGGAGAGCCUACAGGCGGUCCGCAUCUUCUUGAACAAGGUCAUGCCCGUGGCCUUGACCCUCGGUAUCGUCGGCAAUGCCGUCGCUGUCUGCGUCUUCAUGUUGACACCCUUGAAGAAGACACCGCUCAGCCACUACCUGACCGCCCUCGCCAUCUCCGAAAUCAUCUACGAGGUGGCAAGUCUCGUGCUGUGGACCUCGGUCAACGGGUGGAACAUCUACGGUAAAGUCGGGGUGUGUCAGGUGACUACCUUCUCGCUCUUCAUGUCCAGGUUUCUGAUCGUCUGGUACUUGCUGUCCGCUCACUUUGAAAGGCUGCUCAUCCACUUUGGACGACCAGGCACCAAGCGGUGGUGCACGGUGUUCCGCACCAAGUGCAUCAUCUUAACUGUCUUCAUCUUCUCCCUCGUUGCCUUUUUGCACUACGUCUGGAGUCACGUGGUCACCCCGUUCUUAGGUAUCAUGACCUGCAGGCCGAUGACAGAAAGCAUCCCCCACAUGUCCAGACUUCGGAAGGUGGAGCUGGUCCUGGCGCUCUUCCUGCCGAUGCUGAUCAUGCUGGGCAUGGACGUGGCUCUCAUUUACAAAGUCAUCACUCGGACCCUGGAGAGAAGAUCCCGCCGCACCUCUUCCACCUCCUCCACCAGACUGUCCCUCCGACCUAAAGGUGGGGGGAGCGGGGGAGGCGGGUCAUCUCAUCGGUCGUCGGCCAAGUACUGCCCACCGCUGGAGAACGGCCAGACGACGGCCUUCAACGGCCCCAGGGAGAACGGUCCCUCCGAACAGGAAAGCGAGCGGGUGCGGGCUGCUCGCAAUCUCGACCUGUCCAGCGAGAAGACAAGCUCCACGCUGGUCUGCAUCAUCGCCGGGGUCAUCUUCAUGGCCUUGACCCUGCCUUCGGCCUGCCUGCGUGCUCGAGCCGACUUCGGGCCGCAAACGGAAGGAGGUUUCCCUUUGACCCCUUACGAACAGCAACUCAUGCGUGUUUUCGAGCAGGUAGUGCUCUUCAAUGGCGUCUACAAGGUGUUCCUGUACGCCUCGAUGCUGCGCAACUUCCGCCGCGCCGUGAUACACAUGUGCAAGGCGUGCGUCCGGCGAAGCCGACCUGCCAGGCCCCGACCUUCCGUCACGACCGUUUGAAGACCUUGACCCAGGAAGGUCAGCCGGAUAGUUUGAUCAUACCCACCACACUUCUGUUCGUGGUCUCAAUGUCUGAGACUUCCAAGUCGCCAUUGACUCAUGACAAGGACGCUCUGUAACGUCUGAAGAUUUUUGUUCAGAAGAAAAGUGACUCAAGUCGAGAGUUUCCUAUAAUCAAAAUAUAUAUAUGAAAACACGAGAAAACGAGGGUUCCAUUUAUGUAUUAAAGGUGAUUUUUUCGUCUUGUGUGUUUUUGUUUGAUAAUGCUAUGAAGAUGAGCAAAGUAACUGUUUUGUGGGGGGAGUGUGUGUGGAGGGAGGGGCAACUGCACCUUCCACAGCAUAUGAACCGUACUAACACUGAAAACUGUUAAUCACGAAAGGUCACGUGAUGGAAAUUGGCAUUACUACAUCACUGAUUGGGCGUUCAAUAACGCACACCUGUCAUGGCGCACAGCUUACGUCACUUGUCAUGCGCACUGAACGAGACUGGACUUCUUCAUGGGCGCCAUUGCUGACGCUUAGUAAACAAAAAAAAACAACAAAUGAGUUCAAGCGCCUGCCACUGUUGUGUGUUCUAUUAUUUUUUGUUUUCUUGUUUAACAGUUCCGUGCAGAACUGACCAUUGUAACAAUUGUUGAUGUGUAUUUUCCGUUUGAAUGUUCCACUUGUCAGUGACAGUUUCGUCUCUGUCACAGUAAAAACAGAGAUAAGUAUAAUUUAUUGGGUUGGACAGCUUGUGCGUGACAGUGGAUGGGGAGGUCAACCAAUAUAGGAUUCUGGGACUGGUUCAUGGCCAAGCUGGAUGAGUGGGUAGGAAAACGGUGGUGGAAAAGUAGAAGCUGGCUUUUCAGCUACUCAGAAAGUAAAAUCUAGAAGCUUUUUCUGUACGAAUUUUUCUCAGACCUCUAGUGAUAGGUGAUGAAAGCUUUUUUGAAACUUGUGAACUUCUAAGAAUACAAUGGUCACUCAUGUACCAAGAUCUUUUGUCGAGUCAUAGAAAUAUUUGUAAUAGCUAUAGAUUUUUUAUUUUGUACGAGCAGGCAGACGACACAGAUUACCACAAGCAAUAAUUUCGAUCCUGUUAUCAACAGAUAUGAACGCGAUGAGUAUGAGGAAUUAUGGCGACUAUAUUGGGCACUUUCUUCCCACUUUAUACAAUUUCCUUAUCAUUUUUUCUUUUUCAAGGACUGUGAACACGAUGAAGAUCUUUUAUUCUAUUUACACCUAAGCUUUCGACUUGUCUCUCUCUUCCUUUGACAUAGUUAAAAACAAAAUUCUGUUAUCUAUCUUUUCCACACAUAUAGAGGGGAAUGGUGUUGCAGAUAAAUUCUCAUCGAAAUAAUGACCGAAUUCAUUGCAAAUUAGAUAAUCAGCGAGAAGCGAAUUUUAAUUUGUAAAAAUGACUAUCUGACAACAGCGGAUUAAUAGCCGCAGCGACAAGAGAAGGAACUUUGUUGACAUCAACUUCAUUGGUAAUGAUUACCGCAGUGUUCAGUCGAACCGAUCCCAGGCUGAAAACAUGACGAAUGUUCACACUGUUCAUAAUGUUCACACAUGCUCACACAUGUUCAC